UCCUUUGGGUUUCUCAUUAAUUCAGUGUGGCUCUUCCUUUCAGUUUUUUUUUUUUUUUGAAAGCCCGCCCACCUUGCAUUAUCAGCCUCCCCCUUAUAUACAGCCUGUUUGUGAGUGCACACAUCGGAGGACCCACAGCCCCAACAGCUACUAUGUCAGAGUUCAAAAGCAAGAAAUUCUGGAGGGCCGUUCUGGCCGAACUGGUCGGCAUGACCCUUUUUAUAUUCCUCAGCAUCUCCACGGCCAUCGGGAACCAGAACAACAGCAACCCAGACCAAGAGGUGAAGGUGUCCUUGGCCUUCGGGCUGGCCAUCGCCACGCUGGCUCAGAGUUUGGGUCACAUCAGCGGAGCCCACCUGAACCCCGCGGUCACCCUGGGGCUGUUAGCCAGCUGCCAGAUCAGCGUCUUCAAAGCGAUCAUGUACAUCAUUGCCCAGAUGCUGGGCUCGGCUCUGGCCUCUGGUAUCGUGUAUGGAACACGUCCCAGUACCACUGAUACACUGGGGCUCAACACUCUCAACGGUGUGACUCCAAGCCAAGGUGUCGGCAUCGAGCUCCUGGCCACCUUCCAGUUGGUGCUUUGUGUCAUUGCAGUUACUGAUAAAAGGCGGAGUGAUGUCACCGGCUCUGCACCCUUGGCCAUUGGACUUUCAGUCUGCCUGGGACAUUUGGCAGCUAUCAGCUACACCGGCUGCAGCAUCAACCCCGCUCGCUCCUUUGGCCCGGCUUUGAUCCUGAAUGAUUUCACAAACCACUGGGUGUUCUGGGUGGGACCCAUUUGCGGUGGUGUGACGGCGGCUCUCCUCUACGAUUUCCUCCUGAGUCCCAAAUUCAGCGACUUCCCUGAUCGUAUGAAGGUCCUGAUCAGCGGCUCGGCGAGAGAUUACGAUGUCAACGAAGCCAACGACACCACAACCGUGGAGAUGGCAUCAAAAUAGUGACGCGCAGUCACAUCCGCGUAGAUUGCAGCUGUUUCUGCUCUCUUGCAGCGUCACUGUAGGUUGUCAUCGUUCUGUGCUCUUUGGAAAUACCAAUGAAGAUGAUCAUGGUGUGGGGGGAGGAUCAGUUAACAGCUCUGACUAAUUCACUCUUUUCUUUGAUCUCUGUGCACCGUUUUACUUGCAGUCCAGGUCAUCAGAAUCGUGACCCAGAUGCUCCCUGUGUUAAAAUUAUUUGAAAUAUCAGUAUUCUAUAUUGAGCCAUUUUGUAUACAUAAUUCUAUAUGUGUGUGUGGUGUUUUUUUGUUUUGUUUUGUUUUUUUCUCUGACUGAUAAUGUAUUGAUUGUACACUGUUGAAAUGUCUCUCACUUUUUAAAAUACAUAAAACACAUAUUGUUAACAG